AUGUGUCGAAGCCGAAAGCUGUUUUUCAGAGCCUCAACACUCUGCCUCUUCACCUUGAUGCAAGCUGUCGAUCCUUCUACAGCUAUGAUGCAGGUUUCUAGCACUCACAGACGGCGACAGGCUGGAGAAGUCCGUCUGCCUUUCCCCGCCUUACCCGAGUCUCCAACGCUCUCAGAACAGUGUCGCGUGACCGUCAUUCUCCCUCAACUCGUGAUGAUUCAUCUCGUUGUCUUGCAUAAACCUCCUUCCUUCUCUUUUCACUUGUCGUCAAAUGAUCACCAUGGCAAUUCUUGUCAUCCAUCACCCAAUGAAUACCGCCUCUUCAAACCCCGCAUCAAACCCCGUGCUUCGUGCCCCGACCUAAUCGCGACUAAACUCUGA